GUCUCCUUCACAUAAACUCCAUUUUCAUUGAAAUUAUAGCACACAUACUGUUCAUUGUGCUGUUCGUCUUCCUUCGCAAUGAUCUUCGAGAACAUUGGCAAUAUGCUCCUUUUUCUUAUCUUUGUAUGUUUCUACACCAACACAAUUUUCUCCCUCGCAAAUGACACCAUUUCAGCAAACCAAACACUAUCCGGGAAUCAAACUAUCGUCUCCUCAGGUGGGAACUUCGAGCUAGGGUUCUUCACUCCCAGCAAAUCCUCCAAAUACUACAUAGGCAUAUGGUACAAAAAAAUCCCCGAAAAAACCGUGAUUUGGGUAGCAAACAGGGAAACCCCAAUUUCAGACUCCCCUAAUGCUCAAAUCAAGAUCUCAGGACGAAACCUAGUGUUGCUGAAUGAGUCCAAGGUCGAGAUAUGGUCGACUGCCCUAAACUCAACAGGGCCACAAAUUAACACUGUGUUUGCAGCUCUUCUUGAUGAUGGAAACUUGGUGUUGCGAGAAAACUCAGUUUCUGCCGAAACUCUCUGGGAAAGUUUCGACUACCCAACUCACACAUUUAUGCCCGGGGCAAAGCUUUCCUUUAAUAAAAGAACAGGGAGAUUACAGACUCUGACAUCAUGGAAGAGCUCCGAUGAUCCUGCCCGAGGGCUUUUCUCUCUCGAACCAGUUCCAUACGACAGUCAAUUUGUCAUAAGAUGGAACAAGAACGAGCCCAGUUGGAGCAGUGGAGCUUGGAAUGGUCAUACUUUCAGCGCAGUCCCUGAAAUGAGAUUGAACUACAUCUACAAUUUCAGCUACGUUGAUAACGAGAACGAGAGUUAUUUCACGUAUUCUUUAUACAAUCCAUCCAUCAUGUCCCGAAUGAUCAUCGAUACGUUUGGGCAGAUCAAGCAGUCGACUUGGUCUGGGAAUGCCUGGUCUGUGUUUUGGUUGCAGCCGAGGAAUCCAUGCGAGAGCUGUGCCUACUGCGGAGCAUUUGCUAUUUACAGUAGAAGUUCAUCAGCACAUUGCAAUUGCUUGCCGGGAUUUAAGCCGGAAGCCGACGACAACAAAAGAUGUGUGAGAGAGACUAAUUUGGAAUGCGAAAACGGCGAGACAGUUGGUUCUAAUGGGAGAAGAGAUAAAUUUCUUAUGUACUCCAAUGUGAAGCUUCCUUCUUAUUUCGAAUCAUUGCCGUUGAUCGAAAACAUAGGCGAAUGCGAGGCCGAGUGCCUGAGCAGUUGCGUUUGCAGUGCUUAUUCCUACGACGAAAACGGUUGCUUGGUUUGGUACCGGGAGCUGUUAAAUCUUGUGCAAGUAGAACAAGGAGAUGAUGAUGAUGAUGGAAAAAUCAUCUACAUCAGAUACUCUGCAUAUUCCUCUGUCUUCAAUGGCAGUAAAGAUCAUACCCUUCUUAUUGUUGGUGCUGUUUUAGGUUCUGCUGCCAUUGUCGCGUUAAUUUCCGGGGCUGCAAUAUGGAGACAUCGAAGGCGAAAGCAUGCUAGAGUAAAGAAUGCAGUAGCGGGUUCUUUAGUUGGAUUUUCAUACAAGAACUUACAGCUUGCGACGAAGAACUUCUCGGUUAAGUUGGGAGGUGGAGGUUUCGGAUCAGUCUUCAAAGGAACUCUCCCCGAUUCGACUGUCGUUGCUGUGAAGAAACUCGAAAGCAUCAGCCAAGGAGAGAAGCAGUUUAGAACAGAAGUCAUGACUAUCGGCGCAAUCCACCAUAUGAAUCUUGUUAGGCUUCGCGGGUUCUGCCCCGAGCAAAACGAGAAGCUUUUGGUCUAUGAUUACAUGGAAAAUGGCUCCUUGGACACUCAUCUUUUCAGCAGUAAGGACUCGACAGUUUUGGAUUGGAAAAUUCGGUACCAAAUUGCACUUGGAGUAGCUCGGGGGUUGGCUUAUCUCCAUGACAAGUGCCGAGAAUGCAUAAUUCAUUGCGACGUGAAGCCCGAAAACAUUCUCCUCGACGCGGAUUACUGUCCGAAGGUCGGAGACUUUGGGCUGGCGAAGCUCAUGGGUCGUGAUUUCAGCCGUGUGCUGACGACGAUGAGAGGGACGAGAGGGUACCUUGCACCGGAAUGGAUUUCGGGGGUUCCUACUACGGUGAAAGCUGAUGUUUAUAGCUAUGGUAUGAUGCUGUUUGAACUGGUUUCGGGCAGCCGGAACUCGGAGUACGUAGAAGACAAGAAAUGUACGUACUUCCCUUGCUUGGCUGCAAGAGUGAUCGUUGAAGAGGGUGAUGUUCUGAGCCUUUUGGACCCGCCAUUGAUGAAGGAUGCUGAUGCAGAGGAAGUUUUGAGGAUAUGUAAAGUUGCUUGUUGGUGCAUCCAAGAUGGGGAGAAUGUGAGGCCAUCGAUGGGGCAGAUCGUGCAGAUUCUUGAAGGUGUUAUGGAUGUUUGCUUGCCUCCGAUUCCUCGAUCGCUGCAACUUAUGUUGGCUGCUAAGAAGGAGGAUGAUGUUGUCUUCUUCACUGAUCCCUCUUUCUGCACUAAUUUCAGAUGUUGGAUCCCAGAAGAGCAACAAAUUAGGUUUGGUUGAUCGGAAUCACGAUGAGUUUUCGUGUAUGAUAGUAUGUGUUGUAGCCAAUGUCCUUGUGGGCGUGCUUGUUUGGGGAUUGGAUUAGAUUUAUACUAUUUAUUCAAUUUUUUUUCCCAAAACAUCAAAUCAAACACCUAUUUUUUAUUUUUUAUAUUAUACUAAA